AUGCCACCAAACGCUGAGCCAAGUGACAACCCUAGAGACCAGGAAGCUCCAUCCGACAGAACAGAAGUUUGCAACCAACACAACUACCCGGGCAUUGGCUACACCAACAGAUGCGUUCUGAAUAUCCAAAAGAGCGAUGCUUUCUUGGCCAGUUGUCUGGGUUUGAAGUGGACCACCGACGUAUACGCGCUCUAUCAUGAGGAUCCAGUCACCAAGCCCCAGUUUGAUAAGUGGUUGAAGUAUCGCGCCUAUUUGAAAAAGCUAUUCAACCUCGCGCGACCACCUAAUAUUCAUGGCAUUGACUUGUUCAAACACUACCAGGAUCCCCAGUUCAAGCCACUUCUCAAUAACAUAUAUCCCGCCAGAGUGGAAAAGACUUCGGAGAAUUUGGUGAACCGUACCAACAUUGUAUCACUAGGUACCCUCUGGUAUAUUUACCAGCUCGUCAAGGGAAAGCGAGACCUCUUUCCCCGGUCCAGGGUUACUGACACAGGCACGGUCACUGAACUAGACCCGUAUGACCUUCUCCAUGCAUGGAAGCUUCUCUCUGGGAAAAUGUACCAUCAGAAACAAAGGAACGUGCAGCCGAAAAAGGCUCAAGAGCUGGAAUGGUGUACUUGCAAGUUGCACCCGGCAAACGAAGGCCGGCCUGUAGUCAAGUCGCCAGACAGUGGGGUUUCUGGGGCAGAAUCUGUGAGGGAUGAGACAGAUGUGGGAACAGACACGAACUAUGGCUAUACAACCGAGGAAAUGUAUGAGGCAGAUGAUGAAGUCGAGUCAUCACAGGAGCCACCGUCGGAGGAUGAGACUUGGAACGAAAUGACUGAUGUGGAAAUAUUUGGUACGGUGGAGCAGGGGGAGGAUCUUUGGAACGAGGAAGAAAACAGAGAGCUCUUUGGUACAGACGAGGAAUCGGAUCUUUGGGAUGAGAAAGCCAAUAAUGAGCUCUUUGAUAUGACUUAG